UCCAGCUUCAUACCAGCAGCAACAGCAGCAAGGAGCACCGAAGCCAGGUGGCUACCCCGGCCAAGCUCAGUACCAAGCCUACCAGCCUCAAGUGAGUGUUUGCCUGUUUCCUUGACUCUUUCCAUCUCUUCACUCGCAUCGUCGUCACGUCCAUAUUCUUCUCUGGAACCAUGUCGGGCUACCAAGCAUAUCCUGGCGCCUCCGGCUACGGCGCGCCCCCGCCUCCACCGCAACGACCUUUUGCCAACUCGCCCUUCCAGUCGCAACCUCCCCAGCAAGGACAGCAGAACCCUGGUGGCUAUUCUUCUCCUGCUCCCUAUGGUCAAUCGCAACAGACACCUUAUCCUUCUCAGCAAUAUCCUCAGUCAGCCCAACAGCCCUACAGUACAGCUCCCUCUCAAGGCUAUAAUAGGCCUCCUCCGCCUCCACCUCCAGGACAGCAGUCGCAGUAUGGUCAGAGCCAAGGAUACCCACCACAAUCUCCUGCGCCUUUCGGCCAGAGCCAGGGCCAGACUCCCUUUGGUCAGAGCCAGCCUCCAUCACACGGCCAAAGUCAGCCUCCUUACGGCUUGAGUCAACAACCUUCUUAUGGUCAACCUCAGCAGCCAUACGGACAGAGCCAGCCGGCAUACGGAUCUCAGCAACAGCAAUAUGGUGGCGGUCCUCCUGGAUAUGGCCAGCCUCCUCAGCAGCAACAGGGCGGAUACGGCGCACCUCCCCAGCAGCAAGGUGGUUACCCACCCCAACCCCAGCAGGGCGGAUACCCUGGACAGCAGCCCGGAGCCCCUCAGGGUGGCCAGGGUGGCUACGGUGCCCCUCCUUCGCAGCCUGCCGGUCCUGCUGAGAUCCAAGCAUACAAGCAGUCGCUCCAGCAGACCAUCCAAGAGAAGCGCCUCCAGGCCUUCUACCCUCCCGGCUCGCCCAUAAUCGACCAGAUCGCUCAGAAGGCCUCAGCCCAGGUCGACCGUCUGUGCCAGCAGUGGCGCAUCAACAAGGAGAUCGGCAACGAUAUUGUCAAGUUGGCUCUGUACGACGUCGUUCUCUACAUUGAUGACAGUGGUUCCAUGAAGUUCGAGGAGAACGGCGAGCGCAUCAAGGAUCUCCAGCUUAUCCUCGAGCGUGUCGCUACCGCCGCUACCCUCUUCGACGACGACGGCAUUUCCGUCCGUUUCAUGAAUGACAACCCUCCCCAGCACAUGGUUGAGCACAUCAAGACUGAGCAACAGAUCCAGCAGCUUGUUGCUGGCCACAAGUUCAGCGGUCUCACACCUAUGGGUACUGAGCUUCGCAAGAAGGUCGUUGAGGGCAUUGUCGUACCUGCCAUCCGCAGCAGACAGAUGCGCAAGCCCAUUUUGGUUAUUACCAUCACGGACGGACAGCCUGCAGGAGAGCCUACCACUGCCGUCUUUGACACUGUUCGUUACGCCAUUCAGGAGGCCAGCAACUCGCAAUACGGUCCUGGAGCAAUUGCCUUCCAAUUUGCCCAAGUCGGAAACGAUGAGAAGGCUCGCGAGUUCCUCGGCAAGCUCGAUGAUGACCCUACUGUUGGACAGUUGGUCGACUGUACUUCCAACUUCGAGAACGAGUCUGCUGAGAUGGCACGUGCUAACCCCCCUGUCGAUCUCACUCCCGAUCUUUGGAUCCUCAAAUUGAUCCUCGGUGCAAUCGACCCCUCAUACGACACCAAGGACGAGAAGUCAAACCAUCCUCCUGGCGGCGCUCCCGGAUAUGGUGCUCCCCCACCUCAGCAGGGUGGCUAUGGUGGUCAGCAGCAAUUUGCCCCGCCUGGCGGUGCUCCCCCAGGCUACGGCCAGCAGCAACAAGGCGGCUACGGCCAACAGCAAGGUGGCUACCCUCCUCAACAGCAAGGAGGUUAUGGUCAGCAGCAAGGCGGCUACCCACCUCAGCAGGGCGGUUAUGGAGGCCAGCAGCAAGGCUAUGGUGCCCCUCCCCAGCCUCCUCGCUACUAGUAGAUGUGUAUCCGUGAGGUCUCAUGUCGAGGGCAUGAAGUCACAAAUUAAUGCAGGUUAUGAAGGUCGCCUUGGCCUAGCGUAGUCACAAUCCUAGUACUUUCAGGAGAAAGCAAUUAAUCAGAUGUUUGCCCCUAGCG